AUGGCCAUGGGGAAUCAAGCGACUUGGUCCGAAUCGACGUCCGUGUUAUUUUCACAGGAACUAUUACCUGCUUAUGCAAGACAAGACGUGAGCUGCUGCUGGUUGCUAAAGUAUGUCAUGCCGCGUUAUGUUAUGUGCUACAUCAGUCCUUUAUUAUAUGAUCUUAUCGAUCGAUCUGUCCCCUAUUUAUCAUGUGUAUUCGUUCAAACACCACAGGUUUAUCUAUCCCUGCUUGUUUCGAUCACUCUUUGGAGAUCUGAUGCGUUUGUAUGUUCUUCGUUGGUUUUGUGGAUCUCCUUCUUGCGAUGUUCUUAUAGGAACUUCUGGGUCGAUUAA